AUGACUUACUCGGCCUUUCAACGGGCAGACUCUACACAUUUGGCAUUCGAGAAAGCUUUUCUUUUAAAUACUGUAGAUACGAAAUGCGAGCAGGAUCGCCGUAUUCGAGUGAUAAUAUUAAUUGGUAAGGGUGCGACAUUUCCGGCCGGUGCAGACAUCACAGAGUUUCCAAAACUUGUUGCAGGUCUAAUGAAGGACAAGACUCCUACAGGACUUCUUUGCAAUGGUUUAGAUAAAAUCAGCAAACCGAUUGUGGCUGCUAUGCAUGGUACGGCACUGGGAGGCGGCUUAGAACUUGCAAUGGGAUGUCACUACAGGAUUGCUACGCGAUCUACCAGAGUUGGUCUUCCUGAAGUUGCUCUGGGCAUUCUGCCUGGUGGUUCAGGAACCCAGCGAUUACCACGUCUAGUUGGUGCUGAAAUGGCGAUGGAUUUGAUAUCGUCUGGAAGGCACAUUACUGCGCUAGAGGGAUUCCGAAUUGGUGUAAUUGAUAAGAUUGUAGAUGAACCGCUAUUAGAUAGCGCGAUCGAUUUCGCAAAAGCCAUUGCUGACAAACCAGUUGCAGAUCGGAUGGAGUGUAUUAAAUGUGUUUCUUAUUCUGUUCUGCCUUAUGAAGAAGGCAUGAAAAAAGAAGAACAAUCAAUGAAAGUACUGAUGGCCAGCUAUCAAGCUCGAGCAUUACAGUACUCCUUCUUUGCACAGAGGAGUGCGCCAAAGUGGUCUUUAUCAGGAGUCAACUCCAAAAAUGUCAAGCCUAUUCCAGUAAAAACUGUAGGGAUUAUUGGCGCUGGCACUAUGGGCACGGGUAUUGCGAUCGCGUUGAUGACCUCAAAGUACCGAGUUGUACUUUUGGAAGUUAAGAAAGAAUAUUUGGAUAGAGGAAUGAAAAUGAUCCAAUCAACGCUUGAAAGAAACGUAAAACGUGGCCGAAUGACUAAGCAACAGGCUAAAGCAUGCUCCGCCUUAGUAAAACCAACGUUGGCAUAUAAAGAUUUGAGUGACGUUGAUUUUGUUAUCGAAGCAGUCUUUGAAGCUUUGGAAAUUAAGAAAGAGGUCUUUCGUAAGCUUGUUAAACACUGCAAGGUGGAUAUUGAUGCGAACAAAUUUUUACAGAGUAAUGCAAUAUUGUGCUCCAAUACCUCGUAUUUAGACAUUGAUAAGAUUGCUUCUGUGGUGCCGUCUCCCGAUAAAGUGAUGGGCAUGCAUUUCUUCGCACCAGCUAAUAUCAUGAAGCUCGUAGAAUGUAUUAAGGGUACAAAAACGUCAGCGGAAACUAUUGCGACCGUCAUGAAUUUGUCCCUUCGCAUGAAAAAGAUACCGGUCCUUGUUGGCAACUGUGAUGGAUUUGUAGCUAACAGAAUGCUCGCCCCGUACGCAAAGGAGGCAACAUUUAUGGUAGAAGAAGGAGCAUUACCUCACCAAAUCGAUGACACAUUAUAUGAUUAUGGAAUGCCAAUGGGACCAUUGAGAGUUGGAGAUUUGUCUGGUUUAGAUAUUGGCUACAGAGAUCGAGUCGGCAAAGGUCUAACUGGUCCAAAUGCUCCAAAAUUUGAGAAUCCUUUGCUAAGGCAAGGACAACGUUAUUCCCUUUUGGGAGACAUAUUACAUGACACAGGGAGAUUGGGACAGAAGACCGGAAAGGGAUGGUAUAAAUACGAGAAAGGAAAAGCUGUAGUUGAUCCUUUAGUAACAGAAAUGAUCGAAAAAUACUGCAACGAAUAUGGUUUCUCAAGAAGGAAUAUUACAAAUGCGGAAAUUGUGGAACGUUGUUUUCUAUCUGCUGCCAAUGAAGGUUUCAAAAUCUUAGAAGAAGGAAUUGCAUUGAAACCAUCCGAUAUUGACGUUAUAUGGCAAUUUGGUUUCGGAUUUCCUCGUCAUAAAGGAGGACCGAUGUUUUACGUUAGCAAUAUGAUAGGCUUAGAAAAGGCUUAUGAAAAAAUCCAGACUUAUUGGGAAAAACAUAGAGAUUGUCGCUAUUGGCAACCCAGCAACUUACUAAAACAGCUAGUCGCAAAUAAAGCAGACAUAUCGCAAUUUCAGAAAUUCUUGCCUGUUUCAUCAAGACUAUGAAAUGUUAGCGAAAAGAUGUUGGAUUUCUUGUUGCUAUAAAAACUCUACGACAUUUUACUGAUUUUUGCAAUAUGAAAUCAUAACUUCUCUUACUGACUGCUCUGAAUACAGCAUUAAUUAACAUUUUAGGUUUAAGAACUUUCAUCCGUAUCAUGGUAUUCUUAGAUGUUGCCAUUCACCUUAUUAUGUAAUUGCAGUAGAACAAAAUUAUUUAAAUUUUG